AUGAGCGCGACUCCCACGAACCGGCUCAGACUGACGCCGGGCAACUCCCCUUACCUUCAACAACGAUCUAACCGAACACCAAUCCGAGGGCGCCUACCUCACGAGUCCCGGCUUUCCCUCAAACGAGUCAUUGGCACCACCUGCGCUUCGCCAACGGGUUUCGAUACCGUAAACUCCUCCUUUGCCUACAUAGCAGGCGGCGCCGUCGUUGUUGUCGAUGUAGACGGUGAACACUAUGCCCAGCGCUUCUACCGAGCCCGCCCGACUGCGACACCCGUUUAUGGCUCGACAACUUUGCUGAACAACUACUCAGCGCCUUCCACGCCCAAGGCCAACGAUAGCAGGAAUCGCGCCGCGAUUGGGGUCCGGGAAUCGCAAAGUUGGAACGACUCUCCGGGAUCAACAUGGACCAGCCGCGAGCGCAUCAAGGCUGCGACGUGCCUUGCGCUGAGUAGAGAUGGGCGGUAUUUGGCAGUUGGAGAGACGGGUUACGCUCCUCGCGUGCUCAUUUUCAACCUCGAGGACGCAUCAUCUGACGUUCCAUUGGUCUCAAUCAGCGAGCAUGGGUUUGGUGUGAAUGCAGUGGCAUGGUCGGCAGAUACCAGGUGGCUUGCUUCUUUGGGUACGGCCAACGACGGCUUCCUCUACACCUGGAAAAUCGACCCUCGUACGGGUGCUGCCAAGUUGUACCAGCAAAACAAGUGUACCUCCACUAUUAAGGGCAUGGUCUGGAUGGGCUGCAGCCUUGUCACGCUCGGUGUGCGACACAUCAAGAUUUGGAAAGUCGAGGAGACUCAGACCUCUUCCCCUUUGAAGACGAGGUUCAAUGAGGGCAUUUCCACACCCCAGAGAGUCCUCAACGGUCGCAACGUCCUACUCGGAUCGCUCCUGGAUGGUACCUUCAACUGCGCGGCUGUCGUCGACGAAACGAGCAUAAUCAUCUGCUCAGAGGCUGGCGACGUCUGUGUGGUGGAGGAUGACGGCAAACAGACAAAGCUCGUCAAGUCACUCACUGUCGACUUUCCGAUCACUUCCAUCACCAUCAGACAUGCCACUGCAUAUCUCUCAGGAAAAGAGGGCCAAUUCGCGACUCUCAGCGUCAAGGCCGUCCUCGAGAGUCUCCCAGACGGUGUUCUAUCGAAAAGCGUCGCGCCUGCUGGUCUGGUAGCUAUGGGUUUCUUGACAGAAAACCUAGUAACCAUCGAUGAGAAGCACACCGUAGAUAUUUGGAGCUCGAGCUAUCAGCCGGGCCAAACGGUGGACGACCCGUCACACGUUUCUAUACCGGGACACGGAGACCAGAUUUUGGGCAUUCAAUCAAUGUCAAAGCCCAACGACCAAGGGGCAGAUUUCUUCACGUGGUCCGGGUCUGGCAAGGUCAUUUUCUGGGACAUGAAGGGCAAAAUCAAGUGCUCCCUAGAUGUGCCCAUUGAACAGGUCAUCCCUGAGAGCGAGAUGGACCCCGUCAAUCAGCUCAAUGUGGUCCGAGCGACUAGAGCUGGGAAGAUGCUUGUAGCAGCCGACAAGUUUGGUGUUCUGAGGGUAAUUGACCUGACCACAAAGGAAUGCUUGCUUGAGACGAAAGCUCAUUCGUCCGACUGUCAGGGUGUCAGCAUCUAUGAAGACGACAACAAGUUCCUUCUGGCUACAUGGGGCAGAGACCGGACUGCGCAACUAUUUCACCGCACGUCGGGUGGAGAGUUCCGGCACUUCCAGACGCUGGAAUUCGCUGCUAGGGUUGUUCAAGUGCUAGUCCAAUCUGAGGACAAGAUAAUGACUUGUUCCAUGGAUAGGACACUGCAAACUUAUGACAUAGUCUGCAAAGAGGAUGAGGAAGACGAGCUUGCGGCUCUUCCUUCUAGGGCAAACACCCUGAAAGCAGCGCCAACGUCGUUCGCCCUAGGUCAGGAUGAGAGGACUGUAUUCGUCUCCAUGCUGGAUCGGUCAAUUUGCCAAUACGAUCUUUCCAAUGGCCGACUUCUUAACUGCUUCAAGUGCGUUGAUGAGAGCGGAGCUGAGACUGCUAUCCUGGAGUCUCUAGUUUUCACUCAGCCUGCCGGGAGAGAGUCGGGCUUCUUGCUGGGCAUAUCGAAUACGGACAAAUCCGUCCGUCUUUACGAUGCUCAUUCGGGCCACUUUGUAGACAGAGAAUGGGGCCACACAGAGGCUAUCAACGGCGUCACGUUGACCGAUGAUGAAGAUGGGUGCCAGAGGGUCAUCAGUGUAGGAUCUGACGGGACCGUGAUGCUUUGGUCUAUGGAGACGGACAACACAACUCUUUUAUCUACAAGUAGAGAUCCAUCUCCGAUGAAAGACGGGUCCGCUUCCACCAGACCACCACUUCGACGAGUUCUCUCCAAAGCAGAGCUGGCCGAGUUUCAGCGUCCAGCCUCUGCUCAGGGUGGCCGACGAUCUCCGCCCAGGACCAUUCGAAGUCGGACUUCUCGGUACGGUUUGAGCAACAACAGCGUGAGCACGCCCAAAACAGGAAUGCAAAGCAGUCCGCUAGCUGAAGACACACCAUCACGACGCUCGUCCGGGUCUGGCAGUCCGCCCAUCAGUCCGAAGUCGAGGGCAUCUAGGCGACCCUCGCUUCCGUCUUUGGGCCUGCCGCCGAAGAAGAGCUCGCCCAACUUGCGCGGAUUUGGCAGCCUGAACAUGGCUACAGAGCAGGCUUGUCGUACGUUGAGGGCUUAUAGAAAGAAGCUUUCCUCUACGGAGCCACUCAGCGAAGACGUCAUCUUUGAAAUCGACCAAGAGUUGCGCCUGACAGCGGCCGCCCUCGGCGACAGGGCUACGAGAACCAAGGCCAUGCACGACUCAGCCCUCUUGAGUGGUCUCCUAGACCAGUAUGAGGAGCGCCUGGCCUCCAUGCUUGACGAAAAGCUACGUAAUACCUUUCAAGGGAGAGAAGUACAAACUCCCAGCGAGGAGCGCGAAGAAGAGCUCCUGGCCGUGCGGCCUGACACUGCCGGCGGUGAAACCACCUCUACAUCAUUCCCUUAA